CUCGAAAAAUGGAUAAUGAAUUAAAAUUAUAUUCAAAAUCUUAAAAAUUCUUGAUGCAAUUUCGAAUAAAAUUCAUAUUCACAUCACAUGUUAUAUACGAUUUGAUCAUAACUUGAGAAGGAAAUUUCCAGGAAGUUUCCGCUUGCCUUAAAGAGAAUGCAGACAAACUUUAAGAAGUUGGCAUACAUGCUCAAAACUUUCACGGGGCAAAAGUAAAUUUGUCGGUAACUUCCUCUCGCAUUGCUGUUAAAUUCUAGUGUUUUGAAAACAAAUGGUUUCAAGGCACAAUGGUGGUUCAUCGUCGAUGCUUCCGCUUGUCGUUUGAAGAAGACGAAGGGUUCGAAUACGAAACAAGAACUGAAACAAAAUUGACUUCUUCUCAUACCUUUUAUUCUGCUUGUCUGAUCAUUAUCUGUCCAUACCCGAUUUUCAUGCGAAGACUUCAGGAUUUGAUAAUUGAUAGUGCUUGGGAUAUUGGAGUGGGUGGCUUUGGAAGCAUUUACUGGGACGUGAAGGGCAAAAGAUCGCAAGCAUUAUAACAAUAUCAUUUUCCUCAAGGAGAAUGCACUCAUAUAUCAACCAUGGAUCCAAGGUCAUGGCUCAUGGGUGAGACGUUGGAUAGCGUUGGAUUAGUCCGAUGGUGAAAAUUAAAGGACAAAACUGUUAUCACAAUUUAUUUUUUUGAAGCUCGCCUAUAAUGAAGCUAAUGCAUAUCAUGAUUGAUAUCAUGUUUUCUCUCCUAACAGCCAAUCAAAUUGCGGUUUUCACUUUCAUUUACUGCAUUCUAGUUUUAGUUUUUUAGAGAUUGAUUUUUUACAUGUUGUAGAGUGAUAAGCGAAGGUACAUCCUACUAGAACAGAG